UAAUUCAAUUUUGGCCUAUUUUUUUUUUUUAUUGUUUAAUGUGCAUUAUUAUGUAAGGUAUAUUAGAUCUUAAUUUAAUGUGUUAUGUGAUCUUACGUUUGUUGAAAUGCUAUUUUGGAAAAAAAUUGAGAAAUAAAUUUUGUUUCUAUUGAAGGAUGUACUUAUGAUUAUGCCAUCUUUGACCCUAUUUUUUCUUUCCUUGUUGGGGUUCAGAAUCGUAAAAAGGUGUAGAUUGACUUUGAAGACGUAGGUUGAGUUUUAUUACUGCUUAUAUUACCGUUUGUAAAUUUUAUAAAUAUAUACAUAUAUUAUUUCUAUUUUUAGUGGCUGUCCGAAUUUGUUUUGCAUGAAUGGGUCAAACCUUUUAAUUCAACAACAUAAGAGGACCUUUUAUUUUGUUCAAAAUUGACUUGUGUCCUCUGGAAAUGGUGGGUUCCAAUUUUGUUGAAAUUUUUAGAUUCUUCUAAUUAUAGGGUGACUGAUUCUUCUUUGAAUUGGUAUACAUCUUCUUAAAUCACAUUUAUUAAGUAUAGUACUAUAGUGUUGGCAUGUUGAGUGAAAUGGAGGGAGAUCAACGAAGAUGCUCUAAUGUGAUCUUCAGUGCAUUAUGUGGUGUUGCUUUGUUAGUUUACGGCAUCGUUUGGAAUUUGAUGUUGGUAGUUUAUGUGCUUGAAGUAUUUAUUCCUAUGGAUGUUGGUAAUGAAAGAUAAAAUGAAUAUAUGACAUGGAGCCAUGAAGGUAGUACGGGUGUUGAGUUGGGUUACUUGAUAUCAUUUGAAUUAUGGAUGUAAGCGUAUAAGUGGAAGGAAUUGGGUAUCUGAUUCAUUUGUGGUAUAUGCUUUAGUGGUAUGGCUUUUAUUGUGGUAUAUGAGUAUCAACAAAAUUUAGUGAAUUCUUAUGGAGAUUGCUAACACUUUUUAUACUUGGUUCUUAGGAGUAGUUAUUUAAGGUUUCAGACCUCGAAAAAGGGAUCCUUGUGGCUGACCUAGCUACUUACUCUUAAUAGUAAAGACUAUAUAUAUUUAUUUCAUAAGCUGUUUCUACUGGAAAAAGUGUUAGUUGUAAUAUCGUCUGAUGGGAGUAUGAGGUGUUCACUGGCAGUAGACAGAUGGUUGAAUUAGGUUAAACAGUUAGAUUUAACGGCAUAGAGUUUCAUAGGUGAGUUUCUUAAGUAAAUUAUAAGCUUAGUUACAUCUUGGGCUGGUAGCUUAUGCACCAUCUUGUGCAUGGGUUACUCUCUGUUUAACUAAUUAUCAAUUGUCCUUUUUAUGCCCAUGCUAUCAACAGCUUUUGGUUUUCAUGAUCCUAAUCCACGCAUGCCUAGAUAGAAUGCAUGCAUCAUGCUGCAAUUUCUAUCUGUGAGAUCCAUGAAUAUGUCUUAUUAAGGUGAAGUGCAUACGUUUAACCCUUGCUUCCUUAAGCCAAUCAAGGGCACGUAUUAGCCCUCCUUGCUAGUAGUCCUUGCCAGCAUUGUGAAAUUACUAGUCAGCAUGGAUGAACCACCACGGUUACUGUUUAAUUGCUUGUGCAUGUGAGAUAGCUAUCUUACUUUUACCCUUUUUGCUCUCUCAGAAAUUUCAUAGUAAGGACUUUCGAGAGACCCCCAAAGACCAAUCCUCGCAUGAAUUGCUAAGGAUCCAAUAAGUCCAACAUUGAUUCCUUCAGACGUGUCAAUUGGGCAAAUACGCCGGUAGUGACUAGGGUGGAUAUCUCGUAUCCGAAAACUAGUAGUUCGCCGUGUCAAUCACCCCGGCCCCAAGUAAUUCAAUUUUCUCCCAUGAACGAUUUGUGUCAAUGGAUUAGUUCGAUCCAAAACUUGAGAUAAUGGGUGGAAGGGAGGGUUUGUUUGUCGAAAGAGGCUAAAAAUAGCUGCUUAGAGUUUCUGAAGCAGAAAAGGCUUCAGCGGUUCAAGUCACAAACAGUAGUGCAGGGUGCCAGUGUCACUAAUAUGAAUGCCAGAAGUGGAGGAGAUGCUUUGAGAGCUUCAGCAUCUUGUGGCUCGAGUUUACAUGGAGAUGCUGAUUUGUUUUCCUGCUCUAGUGAUGCUUUUAAUGGAAAGAAGUUUCUUCCAAAGCGCAAAGUGGAGAAGUUUAAUACGUCCAAUUUAGAUUGGAUCGAUAAAAUCCCAGAGUGUCCUGUUUAUUGUCCAACAAAGGAUGAGUUUGAGGAUCCUUUGGUUUAUUUGCAAAAGAUAGCGCCGGAAGCAUCCAAAUAUGGUAUUUGCAAGAUUAUUUCCCCAAUAAGUGGUUCUGUGCCUGCUGGAGUUGUAUUGAUGAAGGAGAAAGCAGGUUUUAAGUUUACUACCAGGGUGCAACCACUUCGCCUUUCUGAAUGGGACUCUGAUGACAAGGUUACCUUUUUCAUGAGUGGAAGAAAUUAUACAUUCCGUGAUUUUGAGAAAAUGGCAAACAAGGAAUUUUCUCGUAGAUACUGUAGCACUGGUUGUCUUCCUGCUUCAUACUUGGAAAAAGAAUUUUGGCAUGAAAUAGCUUGUGGGAAGAUGGAAACUGUUGAGUAUGCAUGUGAUGUUGACGGAAGUGCCUUUUCAUCGUCACCCUCCGAUGAACUUGGGAGAAGCAAAUGGAAUUUGAAGAAACUCUCUCGGCUGUCCAAAUCUGUCUUGCGGCUUCUGGAAACAUCUAUCCCGGGCGUCACUGAUCCGAUGCUUUACAUAGGCAUGCUAUUUAGCAUGUUCGCCUGGCAUGUGGAAGAUCAUUAUCUGUACAGUAUUAACUAUCAGCAUUGUGGGGCUGCUAAGACUUGGUAUGGGAUACCUGGCACUGCAGCUUUGCAAUUUGAGAAGGUUGUGAGAGAGAAUGUGUAUAAUAAGGACAUAUUGUCAACUGAUGGAGAAGAUGGAGCAUUUGAUGUAUUGUUGGGUAAAACAACUUUAUUUCCCCCGAGCAUUCUCUUAGAACAUGGUGUCCCAGUUUACAAGGCUGUGCAAAAGCCCGGGGAAUUUAUAAUCACAUUUCCUAGAGGAUAUCAUGCUGGAUUUAGUCAUGGUUUUAAUUGUGGAGAAGCCGUGAACUUUGCUAUUGGAGACUGGUUUCCUUUAGGAGCUGUAGCAAGUCGGCGUUAUGCAUUUCUCAAUAGGAUUCCUCUGCUACCUCAUGAGGAGCUUCUUUGCAAGGAAGCAAUGAUUCUUUAUAGAAGUUGUGGAUCUGGAGAUCCAAAUCAAACAACCUAUAAUUUGAACUCUCAAUACUCAGUCAAGGCAUCUUUUGUACAACUUAUGAGAUUCCAGCAUCGUGCUCGAUGGUGUCUGCUAAGAUCAAGGCUCUGCUCAGCUGUCUCUAUGGAUGCUUAUGGCACGAUCUUGUGCAGUCAGUGCAAACGUGACUGUUAUAUUGGUUAUGUGAGUUGCAGCUGUUUGCUGCAUCCUGUGUGUUUUCGCCACGAAAUGAGUUCGUCAGUUUUUCCUUGCGGUGGUGGUUGCUCUCUAGUUCUAAGGGAAGACCUUCCUGAACUGGAAACUGUAGCGAAAAAGUUUGAGCAGGAUGAGGGAUUUCUGGAAAAGCUCCAACAUUCUAUUGGAAAUGAAGAUUUGCUUUUGCUACCAGCUAUGUUUCCUAUUGAAGAGGAUGAAUACUUUCCAUUUUGUGAUAUAAAUAUUGAGGUGUAUCCAGAUAAUAAUGCCAUCAGAGAUCCAUCGAAAAUGAUAGAGUUCGCUUCUGAGGACUGUACAAUGCCAACCAGUACAGCUAACAUUCCUAACUCGUCAGAUACUCCACUUUCUUUUGCUGCUUCAACCCUCUGUUCUUUCCGAGAUCAUGAUUCCACUCAUCCUAACAAUGUACAGGCCGUUUCUAAUUCGAAUUUGAUUAAUUCCAGCGAUGAUACAUCUUACAACACUUGCCAGUCUUCUUUAUCGAAUUUUUCUAACAACGAAUGCUUGAGUUUCAACCAAGGAAACCAGCCUUCAAUGGAAGAUAUCCCUAGUGUGAAUCACUGCAGCGAUGAUUCUGAUUCAGAGAUUUUUAGGGUGAAACGUCGAUCUACUUUGAAAGUGGAGAGAAAAAAUGUUAUCAGCGAGAUUAAGUCAGAUCAAAUCAAACAUCAGGGGUUUAAAAGGUUGAAGAAAAUACAGCCCGAAGGAAGAUUUGGGGAGACUGUCAAUGAUUGUGAAUCCAAUAAGAAAUGGGAUGGCCACUUUAAGGAUGGCAAGGUCAGCGCUCCGAGGAAUCAAUAUAACAGAGGAUCUAUAAUGCCUGUAUCCAUUAAAGUAAAAAGGACAUCUGGUAAUGGAUCCAGUAUCAAAUACAGGGAGCAUUCCAUGAAUGACAGAUUCCAGCAAGACUUCGGAAGGAUCCCAAGAGAAGCGGCUCCAAUAGAAAUUGGACCUAAACGUCUCAAAGUUAAAGGCCCUUCAUUUCUGGGGUCAGAGAGCAGGUUAGAUUAACUCUUUAAACAAAAAUCCAGAAACUGGAGACAGUUGAUAUUAGUUAGCCUGAUGAGGUCUGACUUUCGCUAACUCUGAAUUUCUCUAAUGGGGUUCCUAACUACAUUGAAAGUACUACAUAAUUUGAUUUUUGGAAGCAGCAGAGGAAUUAACCAACCAUGCCUAGAAGAGACAUGAAAUUCUUUUGUGCAGGCCUUCAAAGUGGGGCAUUUUGCACCAGUUCCUGUUAUUAGGGGUUCUUUUGCCGGGGUGUUUUUCUGUCUUUGGCAGUAGAACCCUUUCUGCAUUUGAAAACAUAGAAAAGUGGGUUUAGUGGUUUUACUGUACAUCUUUUUUCUUUUACACCCCUUUUAUUUUGGUUAGCCAAUUUUUCUGAGGACAUUGGGCCAUUUCCAUAGUCUUCAUAUUUUAGGGUAUUUUUUUCUUCUUUUAAAUUUAAACAUCAGUCUGCUGCUUCCCAUGGUAGGGUUCUUUAAAUUCUUUUGUAGCUCCAGGUGAUUGUAACCUUUUGACUACAUUAAUAAAAAUGCAAAGAAAAGAUCUCCUUUUCCCCCUUUUUUUCGCCA